CAUUUUAAUUUACAAAAGGAAAACAAAAAAAAUAACGAGUCAUUUUUUUAAUAGUAAUCAGCAGAUUAUUGAUAUUAAUUAACAAAUUAUUAUUGAUGCUAAAACAGUAUUUAUAAAGUAAAAAAAAAAUAAAAAAUUCAGUUGUAAUUUGCGCCACUAGAGCCAAAUGUCAGCCACUUUGGAGUCUUUGGAGUGUCAUAUUUGGAGCUGUCAUAAUAUUUGGAGUGUCAUAUUUUUAAUUUACAAAUAAAUAAAUAAACAUUAAUUUAUAAAACACAAUAAUUUACUACAAUAUAUAAUUAUUAAACAAGUUAUAAAUUUAAUAUUAAUUUUAGAAAAAAACAAAAAGGGAACAAAAGAAUUUACCAAGUUGAAGAGAAAAAAAUAAUCAAUAAAAAUAUUGUUAACAGUUUUACUGAAUAAUUGGAGUACUGAGAAUAUUAUUGGCGACGUGAUGUCUGCGUCAAUGAUGACUAACGAUAAACUCCAGGAAGAUAUGAGCAGCAUCCCCUUGGCUGAUGAUGAUCCUCAAGUGAUUAUUCCUGAGGAAGAUAUUCCAGACAAUGACUCACAUUUAUCUGAUCCAUUUGGUCGAGGACGCAGUAUGGAUUCAAUUCCAUCAACUUUCACCAAUGGAAGUUGUAGUCCAAAUAGUUUAGAUCCUGAUAUAAGCCCAGAUGAACAAGAAGAAAAAGCAAGAUUAAUUACACAAGUUUUAGAAUUACAAAAUACACUUGAUGAUUUAUCACAAAGAGUGGAUAGUGUUAAAGAAGAAAAUUUAAAAUUACGUAGUGAAAAUCAGGUUUUGGGACAAUACAUUGAAAAUCUUAUGUCUGCAUCUAGUGUAUUUCAAUCAACAAGUCCAAAAUCUAAAAAAAAGUAAAUAUAUUUAUUUGUUUAU